AUGGGCGUGGUGGCGAGAGUGACCUGCGAGACAGCGGGCGAAUACGGUUACGAGGCGGAGGAUGUGACGGUGCUUAGCCAAGCGACUGAUGGGAAGGGUUAUUUCCUGGCGACGCUUUCUCCGUCGGAGGUGAAGGAUUAUGAGAAGGUGAGGAUCAAAGAGUGCAGAGCGUUUCUUGAGCUUUCACCGGCUGACACGUGUUCUUUUCCGACGGAAAUCAACCGUGGAAAGCGGAGCCAUUCUACAGAAAUAUCGUCUCCUAGAAAACAAAAGCAAGACGAAGCUCUUCACCGUUGGCCCUUUCGCCUUCUCGCCUGAGGAAACUCAGGACAAGUCUAUCCCCAACGGCUACUAGAUGCUUUUUUUUGUUCCUUUCUUUUAAAUGCCUUCAUGAGCCAAUUAUAUAUUCUGAGCCCAAAAUUUUUAUGGUCCG